AUGCACAAGGACCUCAAAGCAUGGACACUGGUUUGUAUCGGCUGUCAACGGAGUAAGGUCCAGCGGCACAACGAGGCCCCCAUUGGCGCCUUCCCCGGCCCUGGUACAAGGUUCAGCCACGUUCACCUGGACAGUGUAGGCUUCCUGCCUCUGUCCAAUGGCUGUUCCCAUCUCUUCACCUGGGUGGAACGGUUCACCCGGUGGUCCGAAGCUAUUCCCCUGCCUGACAUUUCUGCUCCAACGGCGGCCAAGUCCUUCCUCAGUCGUUGGGUUACAUUUUCGGUGCUCCGUCCACUAUCACGACUGACCGCUGUCCCCGAUUUUAAUCUAACCUUUUCCAGUCUUUACUCUCCUUUUUAGGCUGUACUCGCAUCCGCAUUACGGCCUAUCGCCCGGCUGCUAACGGGAUGGUCGAGCGGUUUCACCACCAGCUAAAGGCCUCCCUACGCGCUGCGGCCGAUCCGGAGAACUGGACGGAUCACCUUCCCCUGGUCCUCUUGGGCAUCCGCUUGGCUCUCAAGCCGGACCUUGAGUGUCUCGCAGCUGAACUGGUGUUUGGCGCCACCGUCCGACUCCCCAGUGAGAUGAUCUUGCCAAUCCCACGAGGUGCAGUUGAGGAUCCCGCCAAUCUCCUGCACCACCUCUGGCAGUUUAUGCGGACACUUUCUCCGUCUCCACCGAGGUCCUCCGCCUUUCCUUCUCAUCUCCAGAAGGACUUGGCAACAUGCUCUCCAAUCAAACUUCAAUUUUAUCGAGUCCGCCGGCCUCUGGAAUCGCUCUAUGACGGUCCAUUCCGAGUCCACUCUCGAGAAACGAAGAUGUUCAGCAUUUAG